AGCAACACCCUCACAACCCUAUAUAUAAAAGGCAGAGGAAACCGCCCCGUUAGCACACUGCCUGUCUGUCUGUCUGUCUUUCCUGACUCUCCUUCGCCUUUUCCUCACUGCUUUUUGGCAUCCCUCAGCUAACAUGUCUACUCGGAUAUCAACCUCCUCGAGGAGAAUUUCUUCCUUUGUCAGUGGGGACGGAGGUGCCAAAAUGGGCAGCGUUGGAGGAGGCAGUAUGUACGGUUUUGGCGGGGGGUCCAUGGUCGCUCUAGGCAGUGGCUAUGGAGGGCCGGCAUGCGGUGGGUUUGGUGGACCUGGCUUUGCAAGCGGAGUUGGCUUCGGCGGGGGGUCUGGCUUUGGUGGCGGGGCUGGCUUUGGUAGUGCCUCUGUGGGAGGCGGUGGCUACGGAGCCAGCUACCGCUCCAGCUCGGCAGUGUCCUUGGGCGGUGGCUAUGGAGGGGCCGACAGCGUCUUCCUGGCUGGGGCUGAAAAGGAGACCAUGCAGAACCUCAACAGCCGCCUGGCAAACUACCUGGAAAAGGUGCGCUCUCUGGAGGAGGCGAAUGCCGAGCUCGAGCUGAAGAUCCGCCACUGGUAUGAGAAGAAUGGGCCCGGGGCUCCUGGAGUGACCCGCGAUUACAGCAAAUAUCACCAGAUCAUUGAGGAUCUGCGCAACCAGAUCGUCAAUGUGACCAUUGACAAUGCCAAUGUAGUCUUACAGAUUGACAAUGCCAGGCUGGCUGCUGAUGACUUCAGACUGAAGUUUGAGAACGAGCUCUUCCUUCGCCAGAGUGUUGAAGGAGACAUCAAUGGUCUGCGCAGAGUGCUUGACGACUUGACCAUGAACAGGUCCGACCUGGAAGCACAGCUUGAAAGCCUCACAGAGGAACUAGCAUACCUUAAGAAGAACCACGAAGAGGAAAUUAACUUGCUGAGAAGCAGCUCUACGGGUGAUGUCACAGUGGAAAUGAACGCGGCUCCAGGAGUAGACUUGACUAAGCUGCUGAACGAAAUGAGGGCGCAAUAUGAAGACCUCGCAGAUCAAAAUCGCAGAGAGGCGGAAGAACAGUUUCACAAAAUGAGCCAACCACUGCAGCAACAGAUCUACGAUGACGCCGGCGCAGCAAACUCCGCCAGGAACGAGUUAAUUGAGCUGAAACGCUCAUUCCAGGCGUUGGAGAUAGAGCUACAAUCCCUUCUGGCUAAGAAAGCUUCUCUGGAAGGCACCUUACAUGAAACCGAAGUCAACUACAGCACUCAGCUCUCACAGCUGCAGCACCAAGUGAGCAGCAUUGAAGAGCAGUUGCAGCAGAUCAGGUCUGAGACAGAGAUGCAAAAUUCAGAGUACCAACAACUGCUGGGUAUCAAGACCCGACUGGAAAUGGAAAUUGAAACAUACAGGCGCCUGCUUGAUGGCGAGAGUUUCCGCACUUACGAACCAAAAGUUCAAAUCAGAGAGCCCCUCAAAACAAGGGUGGUGAAGACCAUCGUUGAAGAAGUGGUGGAUGGCAAAGUGGUCUCUUCUCAAGUGAAAUCAGUUGAAGAAAGAGCAACGAAGUGAACAGCAUGAAAAGCAGAGCAGGGAGCCCUUCAACUCAGGCGAGCAAGGGAAUGCCCAAGUAGAAGAAAACCUCCUGGAACCAGAGUCAAUUGUAGCUUAGUAGCUUCUCGCAAAUAUGGGCUCUAGAGAGGGGGAAAUCCCACUCAAUAUGCUUUCUUAAAACUUUACAGAGGUGUAUGCUUUUAGAAAUACUGAGAACUACAUUCUGUUUACUGCCACAAUGCAAUAAACUUUCUUACUGUUGCAAGUAA